AUGGCGACAGCGCACAAUGCGGACCCUGUUUUCUACCCCGCAUUUUGCUUCAAGGCUUCGCCAACGCACUUCGCCUGGGUGAAGAUGGCGGCUGCAGAUGUCCAUCGAUUACAGAGGCCGCGAAAUUUUGAAGGCCAAGCAAUAUUCUUCUAUAAUAACCACCCAAUCCGCUUCGCCAGCGUGGUCGGCGUGGUCGUAGCCCGCACAGAAAUAACCAAACGCACAAUCCUAACGCUAGACGAUAGCAGCGGCGCCACAAUAGAUGUCUGUGUCUUGCACUCCGAUCCCAAAGAAAGGGACCAAACACAGCCAGAUAACACCCAUGCCUCGGGUAUCUCAACAGCCAAGCCCGAGGCAUCAUCAUCCCUGGACGGCCCAGCACAGACAGCUAGCACCAAAACACAGUUAACGCAGACGGAGCACGUCUCCGCCACCGACCGCACAAUUCUGGAUAUAACCUGCCUGCAGCCCGGAGCAACAGUCAAAAUCAAAGGCACACUCUCCCGGUUCCGGGCAACGAUGCAGCUCCAUCUCGAGCGCUUCACGCUAAUCCGGGACACAAAUGCCGAGAUGCAAUUCGUCGAUGAACGACUGCAAUUUCUAGUCGAGGUUCUUGCCGUGCCGUGGGUUCUGCUCGAUGAGGAGAUUGAGCAGUUACGAGCUGAAGCGGAGAGGGGGGAUCUCAAGGCUAUUGAGGAGAGGGAACGGGCUGAGAAGCGGGUCAAGAGGCGGGCUGAGCGGGAAGAGCGGGAUUAUCGACAUAUCCAAAAGAGGUAUGAGAGGGAGGAGCGGAAGAGGGCUAAGGAGGCCGGGGUUUGUAAGGAGGAUGGUGUUAAUGUUAUGCGUGAUAUUCGGCGGAAGAAGAUAUCAGGUGCGGAUGAUGCUAAUUAA